CUUUGGGCCGAUUCAGAGCGUUCCGCGCCGGACAUGCAUUUGUCAAUUGGCUAACGCAGUCGCGCUCACCAGGACUGAGCAUGUGAACCCGAAAGCUUCCCGAAUGGUUGCAUAAGAAUGGCUGCUUCUCGUGCCUGUCCAGAGCCCUCCGGGUGGCUGGGGAGAUGCCCCAGGACCCCCCAGCAUGCGACAUGUGACACUUCUGACGUUCUUCGGCCUAGCCAUGUCAUAUCCUCUAUCCACGACAACGAACGUGCCAACUCUGCAGCGGGACCUACAACACUGCCUGUGCAAGAGUGUGAGCCGGCACGAGACCCAUGGCCGAGACAGGAGGGUGGGAAGCUCCGCCGACCCGGCUAACUCGGAGGGGGGGGUCGGUCGCCAAUCCACCAUUUUUCGGCUAACCCAACUCGUGCAAGCGCCCCCACUCCAACAAGCUGAGGUAUCUGACUCGGCAACCUAGUUGAUUCAGUGAUGCAAUGGCCAGUGUGUUUCGUGCGUGACAGGCUUGCCUUUGUGCGCAGUGACAGCACACAGGCAGGCGCUUGGGCAGGCGGGUCGCACGGGCAGCAGCUGACGUGGGGCGCACGAGUUGGUAACCCUCACGGCGUGGUUGUGUAUAUGGGCCCGGACAUUAAGAAGUUUGCGUCUGUCUUUGGCCGCAUUGGCAGCAUACCAGGUGCAACCGCGUGGGCCAUGCCCCAUGGAAUAAACAACGCAACUUGAGCCUGCAAGUUUUGUCCGUGCAGAUAAUGGUCGGGACGGGGGAACCAUGGGUGCGGUGGGUGGGUGAGCGGCGGGUGGCCUGCAUAGUGCGCAGACGUGGUGUCAAGGUACAAGGAUGCAAGCAGGCGCGUUAGCCUGGAUGCCGUUACAGCUGGUUGGUACUGGCCGGAGUGGAGUGGAGUGGGGGCGGAAGAAGUGGGCCUUCCCGUGCAGGACGUGCCAGGAUUCCGUGUAAUCUGUGCCGCAU